CGAGACUUUGAGUUUUCGAAUCAUGGCGUGGGGGAGGGGGGAUAGGGGUUCUCGAUUAUACUUUCCACCUGGCGCGGGCAUACAUUUGCCAAAAAAACCAACACAAAGGGGGGCAUGCCUCCGCCAAACCUCGACAAAGGCUUGCAACGGGGCAUCAGAACCUCGAUCACAUCAACAUUGGGGCGAAAGACCUCUCAACCUUCCUCCUCUUCUCCAUCCAUCCAUCCGCCUACCACAUCAAGAGCACCCUCAACCCAGGCCUCUCACCACAACACCCACCCACACAACCCCCAGUCAAAAGCAAAAGCAAACCCCCAACCAAGACCAACAGCAACAAACAAUGUCCAUCAUAGCCGAAGCCCCCCGCCGCACCCCCCGCAUCGGCCUCCCGCACGCCUACGUAUACGGCACCAUAAGCCGCAACCCGCACCCGCACCCGCACCACCCCCAGAGCUACAACCGGCCCCCGCCGCCCGCGGAAACCACCACGCCGUCCGAGUCCGAGUCGGAGUGGGGGACCGACGGGGGCAGCAGCAUCGGCAGCGAAACAACAAUAACACCCACCGACCCGGCCACCUCGCGCCUGGGCCUCUGUGGUGUCUUCGAGGGCCUGCGCGCGCUUCUGUCGUGGUGUUGAGGGGAUUGUUGGGGGGGCGGAGGAGAGGCGUUAAGUUGGCAAGGAUCUGGGCUAGCUCUGAGGUGGUUGGUUGGUUGCUCUUCGCUUUCGGAGUCCGGGGCUGUGCUCAGGGGGCGAGGGGUUUUGUAUUGUCAUGUUAUGCAAGCUGUAGAAGGCCAUAUAUUAUGACAUAGCAGCAUAUUUCAGGGUGCCAAUGAGUGCCAGUUGUAUGUUCCGGGGGUGGCGAAGGAUAGGG